UUUCUCUCUAAAGUCUAAACAAUUGAAGAAAGGGAGAGAAGGGAAAAAAAAGCCCUAAUUCUCACUCUACUCCAUUAUUCUUCCCCAUAAUCACUCCUCAAUUCUCCUCGAGUAUUUCUAUUCCAGGGCUUCUGUUUCAUGUUUGUUUAGCAACUGUUCUUUUCGUGGCUCUUUCGUGGUUUUUUUUGGGCGAAAGGUGCCUGGAAUUUGCAGAUCUAGGGUUUUUUUUUUUUCACAGUUCGUUGCCCUAUAUUUUCUGUAAAUUAUGAAGGGUUUCCGUGAUAACAACAAGGUUCCAUUUGAGCAGAGUCCGGAGAGGGUGGACGAAGGGGAAAAGGAGAAGAAGAAAGGUAGGAGAAGGGCUAAUCGAAAGCAAAGGCAGAACCAUGGAGGAUCUGGUUGUAGUUCAGGCUCGUGUCUGGUUGAAGGCUAUGGGCAGAUAUCAAACUGUUGUGAUGCCUCUAAUUAUGCACAAGAUACCAUGAAGUCGUCCUCUUUACCUUAUCAAAAUUGUGUUGGGGGAAAUGGCAUGGUGUCAAAUGACAAUACCGGUUCAGAGUUUGGCCAACGAGAGUUUUCUCCAAAAAUAAUUUCAUAUCAGAGAUCAAAUAGGGCAUCUGACAUUUCGUUUACAUCUCUACCCACAAUGCACAUACACAGUGGCGAUGCAUCAAAUCUGAAUUUGGGGUACUCACAAGAUCAAGAUAUAUUUUCAUGUAAUCUUGUUGGGGAAGUGUUUGCCGAUAUCUCAAAAUCAUGUCCAGAUCCCAUCACCAAUGAGCAUGUAACUGUUCUCUCUCCAAAUAGAGAACUCAUGCUUUACCAAAAUAACGAAGGAUAUCAUGAUAUGACCCAAAGAAAGUUCUCAGCUCACUGGUCUAUCCAGUCUGUUAACGAGGCAUUAGAGAAAGGCGAUGCUUUCAAGGCAUGCUUUCGUGUAAAUGCGCAUAACCGACUAGAGGCUUAUUGUACAUUAGAUGGAGUACCUACAGACGUUCUUAUUAGCGGUUUUGCCGCUCAAAAUAGAGCGAUUGAAGGUGAUACUGUAGCAGUUAUGUUGGACCCUGUGCCAUGUUGGACCAGAAUGAAGGGACUGCCUACUCAUAUAUACAAUUCUCCUCAGAAUGAUGACUGUUCUCCGCUCAAAGAAUCAGUUGGAGUGAGUUCCAAAGGAAAAGAAAAGGUUAAUGAUGGCUAUGAGUUUCCUGAUUAUGGAAAUGGUAGCUUUCCUUUUGACAAGUGUUGUGAACUUGAUGAAAAAACUAGCAGGUGUGAAACUGGAAAUGGAUUUGAAUUUGGUAAUUUUGGUUACCUUAUGGAUACUGUCAAAACAACUCGUACAAAUGAGGAGCCGAAGAAUGCUGCAAGUGCACUAGAAAAUCUUUGUACCAUCUUGAAGUUGUUUCCAAUGAAAAGGCCAACUGGUAGAGUUAUAGCGAUCAUUGAAAGAUCUACUCGACGUGAUGCCAUAAUUGGUUAUCUUGGUAGUCAGCAUUGGAUUUCUUUCAAGGACCUUACCAUGAAGGAGCAGUCCAUAGGCAAUCAAUUUAAGAGAAACCAGACCCUCACUUCAUCUCCUGGAGAAUAUGUCCAAUUGACCCCAACUGAUGCAAGAUUUCCCAAACUUAUGGUCCCUUUGAGCGGAUUACCGGAUAGCUUGAAAGAAAGGUUGCAAAAUGGUGAUGAAUUUGUUGAAAAGGAAUUGGUGGUUGCCCAAAUUGUUAACUGGCAGGAACAAAGCCUUCUACCUCUGGCUCGCGUUAAGCAAUGCUUGGGACAAGGUGGAGAAAUUGAAGCAGAGAUUGCUGCGAUUUUAUUUGAGCGUGCAAUUCAAAGUGCUGAAUUUUCCCCCGAGUCACUUGCCUGUCUCCCCAAAAUUCCUUGGAAAAUACCUGCGAAAGAGAUAAAAAGAAGAAAAGAUUUGAGGGACCUUUGCAUUUUCACCAUUGAUCCUUCUACUGCAACUGAUCUUGACGAUGCCCUAUCAUUUGAAUAUUUGUCUGAGGACGUUGUUAGAUUCGGAGUUCACAUUUCUGAUGUCUCAUACUUUGUUCAUCCAGACACAGCGCUAGAUAUGGAAGCCCAAGUUCGUUCCACCAGUGUCUAUCUUAUUCAACAUAGAAUCCCCAUGUUGCCUCCUUUACUUUCAGAGGACUUGGGAUCCCUUGUUCCUGGGGUUGAUAAGCUUGCCUUUUCAAUUAUAUGGGACAUAAACUUUGCUGGUGAGAUCAUUGAUCAUUGGAUUGGCGGCACUGUUAUUCGGUCAUGUUGUCAGCUCUCUUAUCAACAUGCACAUGAGAUUAUAAAUGGUUCUUCUGAUUUGCAAAGAUUUAUUGCCUCUGAAGAUGGGUGGCCUGAACUACAUGGGAAAUUUGAGUGGAAAGAUGUUAUUGAAGCAGUGAGAGGUCUUCAUGGAAUCUCUAAGAAGCUGAGAGAAAAGAGGUUUGAAAGAGGGGCUCUGUUGCUUGAUAGCUCCAAGCUUGGUUUCUUGUUCGAUGAUGAUGGAAUACCCUAUGAUAGUACUUUUAGCGAGCGUAAAGAUUCUAGUUUUCUUGUGGAGGAAUUCAUGCUCUUGGCAAAUAUGACUACUGCAAGUGUUAUUUCUAGGGCAUUUCCUGAAUGUGCCCUUUUGCGUAGGCAUCCAGAACCAAACUCGAGGAAACUGAAAGAGUUUGAAGCUUUUUGUGGUAAACAUGGAUUUGAGUUGGAUACUUCUUCAUCUGGUCAUAUUCAUUUGUCUUUGCAAAAGUUAAAGGAAGUGCUAAAGGAUGAUCCUGAUUUAUUUGAGAUUCUCAUUUCAAAUGCUUCCAAGCCAAUGCAACUAGCUCAAUACUUCUGUACAGGAGAUUUAAGAGAUAGGGAAAGUGAGUGGGCUCACUAUUCUUUGGCAGUCCCUCUCUAUACCCAUUUUACAUCACCAUUGAGAAGAUACCCGGAUAUUAUAGUGCACCGUACAUUGACUGCUGUACUGGAAGCCGAACGGAUAUAUCUCAGGCAACAGAGACCUGUUCCCAAAGCAAUUAAGGGGGGCCCUGCAGAUGAGCAUGAAAUGGUCAGGAGAGUUUUUUCGGGUCUGAAUUUUGACGAGGAUGCUGCGAAAUCUAAGGAAGGUCGGGAUGCACUUUCAGCUGCUGCUUUGAAGCAUAAAGCUCCUACUUGUGCAGAACUUGUAGGAGUUGCUGCUCAUUGCAACGAGAGGAAGCUGGCCAGUAAGCAUGCUCAGGAAGCUGGCACUAAGCUGUAUCUUUGGGUGCUUCUCAAGAAGAAGCAGACCUUUAUAACAGAGGGCAGAGUCUUAGGACUGGGGCCAAAGUUCAUGAAUGUUUACAUCACUAAGCUUGCUAUGCAAAGCCGCAUAUAUUAUGAUGACGUCGAAGGGCUGGUCGUCCAUUGGCUCGAGGCUACAGGCACAUUGGUAUUGGACCUAUAUCCAUUGAAACGUUCCCAGAGAAAGGGUCACCUUGGGAAAUCUCGAAAUCUAGAUGAUUUUGCCCUAACAAUCAAAACAAGCGACUUGUCCGAGCCCACCUCCGAGCAGGAAGUUCGUGAUGAGAAUAUUACUCAUGAAGCCACACCAGGUUCAUGUCUAGUGGUCAACCCCUAUAAUAAACAAGUGCGGCAAAACCAGGCUGUUGAUCCAGCUGUUUUCCCCUUGACUUUGCAAUAUCUAUCAACUGUUCCUGUGUCGGUCAAUGCGGUGGGUGGCGAGAGAAGCCGAAUGGAUAUUGCAGUGAGGCUGUACGCGAGCUCUUAUCUGAUUUAAAGGAUUGCUUGAUGUGGUUGCCUAUUUAGAGAGAUUUGAAAGGAAAAUGAUAGGGAACUCAGCCGGCAUGCCUAUGCAAAAGGCUGACAAAACUAUGAUAUGUUUGGGUUUUGGGGGUGCUAAGUUGAGAAAUAGAAUAUAGAUGAAAAAAUUGGAAGCAAAGAACGCUUGCUUGGGGUAUCAGUUAGUUUUAGGUGGCAAGCUUCCUCUGUAACUUAGUGGGGAGUGUGAUGUAGAUAGGUAUGUGUGUGUAGAGAAAAAGAAAGUGUCAUUUUAUGGUUAAUGAUGGGGAUGGAGUAGGUUGAUGCUGGGAGUGUAAUUAGCUAACGUUUUGCAGGUAAAAGUCGGUGCUGUACAGGGAUGCGAAUAUGGCAAGGGUUUGGUCCCCAAGGAUUUGAGGAUGGAGUUUGGGGAGCUAUCCUAUAUUAGGUUUAUGUGCUUUUCUGGAAUCAGCCUAAAGUUUUUUGCUAGGCUUUUUCCACUUGAUGUGCCUUUUACUGAAGCCCUAUUAUUUUUUCAAGGGCUAGGCCUGCUCUUCCACUUGAAGUUGCUGUUGUACUUCACUUACUUAUUUUCAAUGGUUUAUAAUCUGUUGCAUUCCAUUAAUUUGGAAGCUUGUUUAUUCUAUAGUUGUGUUUGUUGUUUCUUUAGAUGUUUGGGUGGAUAUUUAUCAGUUGCAAUGGUUUGCUGCUUCUUGGAGGCUAGGGUUUACUGGUUCUUCAAAGUAUAUUGGAGCUGCGGCCCUACCAGAAAAUUGCCUAUUUAAG